UAAUCAAUAGAUUAUAGAUGUCCGUUACUAUCAACAAGGAUCAUCAAAAUUAUCCAUACAUCUUCUCAAUACCGGCUCAUUAAUACAUCAGAUCGAUUAAUCGAUAUAUCGACGAUCGUGAUUACACUGUCUAGUAUUUGAUGUUUUAAUGUGUGAUUGGUGUAGACUUUGUUGUGCUCUUUGCAGAAUUGGCUGCUAUAAGUGCUGUCACAAACCCCCUGCUACCAGACCUGAAUAUACAGUUGUGGCAUUAGGACUCAAUAAUGCAGGCAAAUCAACAUUACUGGCAUUAUUAGCCAAUGAAGAAAUACAUGAUCAUCCUGAACCAACUAAAGGGUUCUCAAUAAAGGCACUACAAUUUCCUGAAGCCAUUGUUAAUGUCAAGGAGCUUGGAGGUGAUGUGGAACAGUACUGGGCUCAUUAUUAUGGUGGAUCACAGGGAAUUAUAUUCAUUGUGGACAGUUCAGACAAUGGUCACUUAAAUGAGGCAGCGCAAUGUUUGUCUAAAGUUCUGUGCAACACAACGCUUAGUGGCCUACCAUUAUUAAUCUUAGCCAACAAACAGGACUUAAGCAAUGCUAAAGACAAGGACGAGGUUGUGGAAAUUCUAAAGCUCAAUGAAGUUGCUCAAGAUUACGACUGGGUAAUUCACGCAUGCUCAUCUCAAGAUAAAAAUAGUGUACAGGAGGGAUUCUCAAAACUUAUUGACAAGCUAAUCAUAGACAAACCUAUAGAGGAAAAUAGGAUAUGAUGGCAUCUUUCUUAUUUAAAAACAU